AUGUCUGUACAGUCUUCAUCUCGACCACAAACAGCAACUUCUACCUCAGCGUCCGUAGCGGCAGCACCACCAUCGGAAGCAGCAGCCAAACUCGCGGAGGCCAUUGACGAUUUCCUGGGAGAUGUGGAGAAGAAGUUUAAGAGCAUAUCCGACGAGAUACUGACGAAGCUGGACGAUAUGGCAGAACGGUGCGAUCGACUCGAACAGGAGAUGCUUAUGAGAGACGCUAGUUCGUCCAAAAGUACGCUUGGCAGUAGUGGUGUCAGUCUGGAUUCGUGA